AGAGAUUACCACAAGUAAGAUAAGAUCAUGGAAGGCAGUAGUAGCAGCAGCAGCACUGAUGGAUCACACAAUCCUUCAGAGAAAGCCAGGGCAUCGGACUUUGAGAAGGUGCAGAAACAGUAUGAGGAGAAAAUGGUGAGGAUUCAGGAGCUGAAGAAACAGAUUGAAUCUGUGAAGGUUAGUUUGGAGGAGAAGAAGAAGAAUAUCCCAGUCCCAGAGGAGACAAAAGAAGCCUUCAAAAGCUUGAGUCAGAGAUAUGAGAGCUUAAGAGAGGAAUACAAUGUCCUCUUGGCUCAAAAGUCAAAAGAUCACAAGUAAACAAAAUCGUACUAGUAAUUAUCAAUUAACUAGAAAUGAAGAGGCAUGUGAUUU